AUGCAGAUGAUGGAGGUGGAGGAGAUGCAGAUGAUGGAGAUGGAGAUGCAGGUGAUGGAGAUGGAGGAGAUGCAGAUGAUGGAGGUGGAGGAGAUGCAGGUGAUGGGGAGAUGCAGGCUCUUCGCGGUCAAGUGCGGCGGCUGCUUCGAGGCCAUCGCGCCCAGCGAGCUGGUCAUGCGCGCCCAGAAGAGCGUCUACCACCUGGGCUGCUUCUGCUGCUGCGUGUGCGAACGGCAACUGCGCAAGGGGGACGAGUUCGUGCUCAAGGAGGGGCAGCUGCUGUGCAGGGGCGACUACGAGAAGGAGCGCGAGCUGCUCAGCCUGGCCAGCCCCGCCGCCUCCGACUCGGGCAAGAGUGAGGACGAGGAGAGUCUGUGCAAGGCGGCGCACGGGGCCGGGAAGGGCGAGGACAACAAGGACCACAAACGCCCCAAGCGCCCUCGCACCAUCCUGACCACCCAGCAGCGCAGGGCCUUCAAGGCCUCCUUCGAAGUGUCCUCCAAGCCUUGCAGAAAGGUGCGGGAGACCCUGGCGGCGGAGACAGGGCUGAGCGUCCGCGUGGUGCAGGUCUGGUUCCAGAACCAGCGGGCCAAGAUGAAGAAACUGGCCCGCCGGCAGCAGCAGCAGCAGCAGGACCAGCAGAGCGCCCCUAGGCUGACCACUGCUCCGGCCAGCGGCGCGGGCAGCGGGGGCCCCGGGAUGGACGGAGUCAUGAACCCCUACACGGCACUGCCCACACCGCAGCAGCUCCUGGCCCUGGAGCAGAGCGUCUACAGCGCCGACCCCUUCCGGCAGGGCCUCACGCCGCCCCAGAUGCCCGGGGACCACAUGCACCCCUACGGUGCUGACCCUCUGUUCCACGACCUGGACAGCGACGAGGCGUCCCUCAGUAACCUGGGCGACUGCUUCCUCGCUGCCACCUCGGACGCCGGGCCCCUGCAGGCGCGCGUGGGGAACCCCAUCGACCACCUCUACUCCAUGCAGAACUCCUACUUCACUUCCUGA